AUGUAUUAUCGAGAUUGUAAGAAGGAAGAUUUUUAUUACGAAUCUAUUCAGGUGAAAGUAAUCAAAAGUGGUUACUACAGUUUUCGUGUUAGUGGUGCCAUUGAUCCAUAUGGAUCUAUUUACAACAACAAAUUUAAUCCGCUUGAUCCAUCGGAGAAUUUGCUCGACCAAGGCUAUGCCCAUUACUCUGAUAUGCAGCUUAAACUUGAUAUUCAUCUUGAUGUUGACAUAAUAUAUGUAUUGGUUAUAACAACAUUUGAUUCAAUAGAAACUGGAAAAUUUUUGAUCAAUGUGUUAGGUGAAAAUGAAGUUAUUCUCGAUCGUCUCAGCACUCCAGUAAAUAUACAAUUAAGAUAUUCAUUAAAAUUAACUGAUGAUAGCCCAACAUAUUAUCGAGAUUGUCAAGUACCACAAUGUCAUUAUGAAACAUUACAAAUUCAUGUUAAUACAACGGGUUUGUAUGUUCUUUGGAGUGAAAGUAAUAUUAAUGCAUAUGGAUAUAUCUACAAAAAUGAUUUCAAUCCUCUAAAACCAUCUGAAAACUUACUCUUAUCACAUGGCGAUCCAGAACAAAGUAGUUGUGUGAUCGGUGAUCAAUGUAACUUUUACAUCAAGGGCAUUGGUUUGACACUCGAUGAUAUUUUACGCGAUGAACUUGAACGGAAUACAGUGUUGAAUAAUCAAUCAUUUUCGAUUAAAUUAAGUGCGGGUUUAACAAUAAUUAUGUUUGUCGCAGGAUUAAUCAAUAGUAUUCUUUCUUUUAUUACAUUUCAAAGUAAAGAUUCUCAACAAGUUGGAUGUGGAAUGUAUCUGUUAGCAUCAUCAAUUACUUCUCUUUUGGCAAUUAGUAUGUUCAUAAUCAAAUUCUGGUUUGUUGUUCUUACUCAUAUCAAUGCGUCCACUAGUAUGUCUAUUCUUCGUGGAGGUUGUGCAUCUAUUGAACCGAUUCUAAAACUUUUUCUUUACUUGGAUGGUUGGCUUAAUGCUUGUGUAGCAGUUGAACGAGCAGUACUUAUUUUUAAAGGAGUAAAAUUUGAUAAAAAAAAGAGCAAAUCUAUUGCUCGACGAACAAUUCUUAUUUUACCAUUCUGUAUUUUCGGUACUCUUAUUCACGAACUCGCAUUUCGCAGAUUGUUCGUUUAUGAAACAGCACCAGAUACGGUAGAUACGAGUAUGACUAAUGAAGACACGAUCAAACGAUAUGUAUCAUGUAUUACUCAAUACUCUCCUUCUGUCCAAGAUUACAAUACAGCCGUUCUAUUUUUUCAUCUUGUUGGUCCAUUUAUUGUUAAUCUUUUCUCUGCAUUGUUCAUCAUCUUCGGUGGUGCUCAUCAACGAUCUAUGGCACGAACUAACCAAAGUUUUAAAGAACAUGUUCAAGAACAAUUCCGUGAACAUAAACAAUUGAUCAUUAGUCCAAUAGUUUUACUUAUUUUAUCAAUACCUCGUCUCAUCAUUUCAUUACUUCCUGGUUGUGCGAAAACAUCUGAAAACUUGUGGUUGUAUCUUGGAGCAUAUUUCAUUUCGUUCACUCCUUCGAUGCUAAUUUUUCUUAUAUUUGUUUUUCCUUCAGAAUUAUAUAUGAAAGCGUUUAAACAAUCGCUCAUUCGUAUUCGAAAGCGUACUCCUCCCUAA